UUGCCCUAGCAACGAUUCAUGAUGGCCGUCCGCCAUUUUGUUUUCUAAAAUAAAAAAACUGGUUCGUGGACUGUUUCCUGUUCUACUUGCUGUUUUGCUGUAGGGUUAUUUCCUUGUGCCACGCAAUUUAACUUUAAUUAUGUGUGUGUAAUUUGUACGUGAGAAAUCAGCGUAUAAUUGUGAAAUUAUAAUCUACUUCACCGUGUUAUCAGUGAUAACUAAUGUGCUGUUGAAGAGGGUUUGGUAUGGUGAGAACAGCGGAAACUUUCACCGAGCAAGAUGGCAAAGGAAAUCGCAGAGGAGUAUGCAUCGAGCUUGGCAGAUCUCACCGUGAACAGCAAACCUCUUAUAAAUAUGCUAACAAUAUUAGCAGAAGAGAACAUCGACCAUGCCGGGGUUAUCGUUGAUACGGUGGAGAAACAUUUGGAGAAGGUUCAUCCAGAAAUCAAGCUGCCAGUACUCUAUUUAGUUGAUUCUAUAAUCAAGAAUGUCGGUGGCGCAUACACACAGAAGUUUUCACAAAGCAUCGUAAAUAUGUUCACACGGACAUUCAAACAGGUUGAUGAAAAAAUAAGAUCCCAGAUGUUCAAACUGCGGGAGACAUGGCAUGAUGUGUUCCCCGCUACCAAGCUCUAUCAGUUGGAUGUGAAAGUGAACCUGAUAGAUCCAGCAUGGCCUAUCCAAGCGCAGCCGCAGCAAUCUAACAUCCAUGUAAAUCCAAAUUUUCUGAAAAAGAAUUCUGCAGCGGCACCAACAACCAGUGCUGCAGCAACGCUCACAGAAGAUGAAGACAAGAUGCACAGCAUCCUCGCUAAGAAGGAACAAGAACUCCUCAUGCUGAAAAGAAAGAAGAUCGAAAUGGAGCUGGAGAAAACACGCCGGCAGCUCGAGUUGGCAGAGAAAAAUGCUAAAAUGGGGGUUGGUAGCGGCGUGUCGGCUAUGCCGGUGGCGGUGGUGAAUCCCGCCCCUGCGCCCGCGCCCGCGCCCGCGCCUGCGCCUCCUAUCUCCGUUAAGCAGCGAUUAGGACCGCCAGUAAACAAGCCGGCGGCGGGUCGCAUUGCGCCCGUCAGCGGAGCCCUGGUCUCCGCGCGCCGCGACCCGCGUCUGGCGCGUCGGCCGCAGCCCGCGCCCGCAGUGCCCCCCCUGCCACACGUGCCCCACGUGCCUCCAGUGUCCGCAGUGUCCACAGUGCCUCACGUACCCCGCGCCAACAACGGCCCGCCCAUAGCACCCAACGUGUUCGACAUUAAACCCCUCGACAGGGUCACAAAGCGCAAGAACGUCAUCACUAUCGACGUACGUCUCGACCCCAGCAAAGACCCGCGUCGCCGCGACCCGCGUCUCGCGGAGCGCGCGCGCGACCGCAGGCACAAGAAGAACGACGACGAACGAGAGAGAAAGCGAGAUGAACUCCGACAGGAGAAGGACAAGGCGCGCGAUAACGCCUUCAACGUCCGCACCGCGGUCGACGACUACAUCGACCGACUGCAGAUAUCCGAUCCGAAAAAGAUCAACAAGCUGCCUCCGAUCCCCAAAAUAAAUAGGGACGAGAAUAAAGACGACGACGAACCCGCGCCCACCAAAAAGAGAAAGGAGAAUCCUAAAGAGCGCAGAAAGAAGAAGGAACAGAACUCCAGUAAGGAGAGUUCCAGCAGCUCCUCGCCUGAAAAACGACUAAAGUCUAAAGAGAUGAGAAAGAAGCCUAAAACGAAGCUGGAGGUGGAGGAGGUGCAUCCUGUUGUGACGGAACCUGUCACGUUCAAAGUGCUAAAGAAUUUCAACAAAGACCACUACAUGUGCAGGAAUAAAAAGAAAUCUGAGAGCCCGGAGCGGGAACCUGAAAAGACGGAAGUUGUGAAACCUAAUAGUGAACCAAAUGUUCUCGACGUUGUUAUGGAGACCAAGGACGUUGACCUUAGGGUCUUGCAGCCGGUGCUCGAGGCUGGAGCCGCCGCGGUCGCGCAGAAAAGACCCUCCACAGAAACUGUUGAAGGCAAGCCUAAGAAGAAUAAACACGAUAAAUUUGAUAUCUUAUUCGGUAACGAGGAUGUGGAUCUCCGUCAAUUACCACAAGUAGACGAAGUGGUACCUCCCCCGCCACCCACCAUAACAGAGUCCCUUAAAGUUGAAGUCUCCCUUGAAGACGUCAAGGACGAGUGUCCGGUCUCCACCAGUUCGCCCAAACAGAAAAACUGGCACGAGGUUAAGGAGAAGAAAGAUGACACAAAGAAAACACCCUCCAAAUUGGAUCUUGUUAGAGCGAAACUCGCAGAGGCCACCAAAGGAAAAGAUCGAUUAGGUCGACCGCUACUUUUCAGUAAAUCGCCGAGUAUUGAGAGGGAGAGGCGGCGCACGCUCAGCUCUGACGACGGUGACCAGAAGUCCGACAGCGGGGACGAUUUCACACCCGAACACAACAAGAAGACCAUAUCGAUUAUCAUGUCCCAAGCGAAGGAACAGUUCAGCGACGGCAAACUGAAUAAGGACCAGUACAACACUCUGAUGUACCAAGUGCUGCAGCUCAACGAGAAGCUAAAGCUAAAAGAGGCCAAGCAGAGAGAGUCGCUCGAGCUGUCCAAGCGGAAGCUAAAGGCGCACAUCGACGAAGAAAAUCACAAGGUCGUCAGCCCCAAGUCUUCGCCCUCCGACAUGAACAACUUUGGCGAUAUAGAUGAGAGAGUCGCUCCGACCCCGUACUUCGACACCCCGCCCGAAAGCCAAAACUUCAUGCAAGACUCCGACAUGAGAAAGAAACAGAUGGGACCGGACUCGCCCGACGGCAAGAAUCAAGCUCUGCUACCCCUGCCUCCCAUGAUGCCCAUGUACAUGGCUCCCUUUCCCAUGUGGAGGGGACAGGCAAGACCUCGGAUGGACGAUUUUGGACCUCGAAGAUUUAGAGGUCCGAUGCCAUCGUUCUAUAGAGGAAAGUUCGAUAAAAGGGGUCCGCCUAGAUUACCCUUUGACCCUCGCCUUCCGUUACCACUGCCGACGCCCAAGCUGGGCAUGUGCCAGGGGGAGAGUCCACUGUUGCCCUAUGAGCGCACGGCCUCGCCACCCCCCAUCGGCACGCCCGGACACACCAUCCCGCCGACUAACAAGAAAAUCCUCGACUACAUCGACCAAGAUCCCGUCAAAACGAUUCAGAUCGACGGAGUACCCCGGGAGAUUAGAUUCUACGGGGAGACCGCAGUUAUUAUGCUGGACUGGGACGAUCCUCGCGAGAUCAAGUUCCUGCCUGGCUGCAGGCGUGUCACGUUCGACAACAAGGAUUCAGUCAUCCUCAACUUCAACGAGGGCUACAAGCAAGUGGAGAUCGACGACCAAGUCUUCGACAUUAGAUUUGGUGCUCCGACGCGGGAGCUAUAUAUCAACGGUCGGUGGUACGAGUGCUUUUUCGGCGGGCAGCCGCUCGGCGUGAUCAUAGACGGCAAGCCGAGACUGUUGCACCUGGAGGGACCGCUGCCGCAAGUCGAUAUCGGUAAAGCGAAACGUACGGACCUCGUCGCCGGAAAAAUUAACCUUAUCAUAAACGCGACCCAAAUGUGCCCCGUUUACCUGGACGCUAAAGUGCAAAAGAUUAUGAUAAACGGUCAGUUCUUCACGCUGCGUUUUGUUGAUGCUCUGAGGACGGUGUUAAUCAAUGAGAAACCAUUCAAAGUAGAAUUCGGAGAUCCGAGGCCUAUAUUCAUAGGGAAGGAGAAGUUGUUCAUCCGAUUCUCGGCUCCGCCGCGUGGCAUUAAGCCGGGGCAGAUUCAGAUCGCGGACAUGGAGGGCGUGACAGUGCCCGCCAGCCUGCCCGCGCCGGCGACCGCCAGCCCGAACAGAAUCGAAAGAGAUUCUGAGGAAGCAGACGAGGAACCUAUAGCCAGACCUAAGAAAUCGCCAAGUCCCGACAGCGAAAACCAAGGUCUGGAUAUGUUGGCAAGUUUAAUGCCAUCCACCAUUGCGCCAGCGUCAGGUUCAGAGUACAGUGUUGCUGAACCGAUAUUCAGCAAGACUGACAAGAUCCCGGGCCUGGAGACCCCUGCCGAGGAGAAGCCGGCCCAGCUGCCGAUACUUGGCAAUAUCAACAUUAACGACCUAUUCGCCAAGCUCGUCGCCACCGGCAUCGUACAAGUCGCUAAAGAUAAUAAAGAAGAUGUUAAAACAGAUGAAAUGAUACCCAAACAGGACAAGAAUGUUAUACGAAAAGUGGAUCUACUUAAACCUGAAACUUUAAAGAUGCCGCAGCCGGCGCUGGCGCAGCGGCUGUACGGCGGCAUGCAGUGCAGCGGCUGCGGCGCGCGCUUCCCGCCCGAGCACACGGUGCGCUACUCGCAGCACCUCGACUGGCACUUCCGCCAGAACCGCCGCGAGCGCGACUCGGCGCGCCGCGCGCACUCCCGCGCCUGGCACUACGACCUGCCCGACUGGCUGCGCUACGAGGAGCUCGAGGAGCUGGACGAGAGAGGUAUCCCAUGCACACCAUCACACAUCCUCACUCAGGGACAAUAUAUCUCAAAACAAUUUACUUUAAUAGCGAGAAUAUACAUACCAGUCGCUGUCACACACAUAAGCUACUAGUAUGUAUAAAUGGUAACUCGCAUUGAAGUAGAUAGCACAAUACUUGAUUUUGUACAUGUAAGUUGAGGGACAAGGGGGGGGUAGCUUGACAACUGACGCGUCAUGUCUCG